CAAACCAAACCCAAAAAAUUAUUGUGGGUUUUCUUUUCUUUUUUCCAAAAUAAAUUUUUAUGAAUUUAGGAACAGCCACGCCAGGCUUUUUCUUAAAGUUUCUUUUUCAACGGAUAUCUUUCUUCUCAAAUUGUUCUAUAUCCGGUUUGAUUUUGGGGACAACCCUGAGCAAUCUUUCAUCGAUCGUCGUCUUAAUCCUGUAACUCGUGCUUUUAGACAGUAGAAAACAAAGACACAUCGAUUUUUGCGUAAAACCCUCUUCUACCCUCGUAGAUUUUGGUUUUUUUAUACGUAUUUUCUUUCGUCAAAAUCCCAAAAAUUAAGGGAAUCUUCAGCUGUUCAGGUUGGGGUUUUGUAGCAGAGUUUUUGAAGGAUUGAAUCUUGCAAUUGGUUCGCGAGAUUGGGGUCGUUGAUUGUUUAAUUCUGAUCAAUUGAUAUUGGAUUGGAUUAGGGUUUAUAGAGUUUUUUCAGCAAUGUCGUUAUCAUCGGCAUUGUUUCAAUUUUGAAGCAUAAUGAUUUUAGUUUAUAUGUAAAUUUAGGGGUUUUUGAAUUCAAUUCGAGAGUGUGGUGUUGUAAUUUCUGAAAAGAUGCUACUUUCUCCACCCCCGGUAGCUCGGAGUUCUUUGGAGGAAAUGCUCGACUCUCUUCGUCGGAGAGACGAGGACGAGAAUCGAGACUUGCCGCCGGCGUUGCCGACACGGCCUACAUCCAAGGCACGCCUCCCUAAGCGGCUGCUUCCGUCGAAGCUUGAUGUUGAAUAUGUUGCGCCUCCAGAUUUCACUAACAUCAAAAAGCAAGAUGUCAAAUGUAUUACUGGCAGCGUCUGUCAUUUUGGCCGGAAGAAAGUGACAGCAGCGGCAGCUGUUGGCGAAUCACCAUACACCAUGGCGCCUGUUUGUGAGCAGAGACUGGCGGAGGACGGUGGUGCCACCCUUGCUACUCCAUCGAUCUCACAGGAAACUGAUUGGGAAGAUAGUAUUUGUUAUUUCGUUAAGAAGAAACUUCGAGUAUGGUGUAGGCCCCGCAAUGACCAAUGGGAGUUGGCAAAGAUCAAAUCAACCGUAGGAGAUGAAGCAUCUGUUAUGCUUUUGGAUGGAAGUGUGAUGACAGUAUCUACAGGAGAUCUCUUACCUGCAAACCCAGAAGUUCUUGAUGGAUAUAGAUAUGCUCGUGAUGUAAUUUAUAGUAAGGCGGGCCCCGUCCUAUUAGCAAUCAAUCCCUUCAAAGAUGUUCAAAUUUAUGGAGACGAUUAUGUGACUGCUUAUAGGGAAAAGAUAUUGGAGAACCCUCAUGUAUAUGCUACAGCUGACACUGCAUACAAUAAUCUGAUGAAAUAUGGUAGAAACCAGUCUAUUGUUGUUGGGGGUGAAAGUGGAUCUGGGAAGACAGAAACAGCAAAGUUUGCACUGCAGUAUCUGGCAUCUGUUGGAGGUGACAAUUGUGAGAUGGCAUCCAAAAUAACUCAUACCAGUUGCAUAUUGGAAGCUUUCGGGAAUGCAAAAACAUCCCGGAAUUGCAAUUCCAGCCGAUUCGGGAAAUUAAUCGAUAUUUAUUAUAACACAGAGGGGACAGUAUCUGGUGCUUGUAUUAAAACACUUCUUCUUGAAAAGUUUAGAGUAUCUCAAUUAUGUCGUGGAGAACGAUCAUUUCAUAUCUUCUAUCAGAUGUGUGCUGGAGCUCCACCUGCUUUUAAAGAUAGACUGAAUUUGAAAUUGGCAAGUGAGUAUAAGUUUCUGAAUCAGAGUGGGUGUUUGAAAAUCAAUGGUCUUGAUGAUGCCCAUAACUUUGAAAAGCUAAUGGAUCUUGAGCAUGCCUUUGAAUUGCUUUCUGCAAUCUUAUGGCUUGGGAAUAUUUCAUUUACAGUAAUUGAUGAAGAUGAAUAUGUUGAGGUUGUGGCUGAUGAAGCUAGUAGGAGUGCUGCUAAGUUAAUGGGAUGCAAGGUGAAUGACCUGGUGGCGAUUUUAUCUGCCAAUGAUAUGGGCGAACCAUUAACUUUGCAACAGGCAAUUGAUAAAAGAGACGCAUUGGCAAAAUUUGUUUAUGAGAGCUUGUUCAGUUGGGUUGUGGGAGAACUUAAUAAAUCACUUGAAGGGGACAAAGACAAACAACAUACUCCAAGGACAAUAAGCAUUCUUGACACUUAUGGGUUUGAGUCAUUUCAGAAAAACAGCUUUUCACAGUUGUGUAUAAAUUAUGCUGAUGAGAGGCUGCAGCAGCACUUCAUUCGCCAUCUAUGUAAGCUUGAACAAGAGGAGUACGAAUUGGAAGGAAUUCACUGGAAAAAAGUAGAGUUUGAAGACAACCAUGAGUGUUUGGAUCUUUUUGAGAAGAAACCUAUGGGACUAAUAUCUAUGCUAGAUGAGGGUUCAAAUUCUUCCAAAGCCACUGAUGUAACAUUUACUAAUAAAACUAAACGUCACCUCAGUUCUAAUUCAUGCUUUAGUGUUGAAAAAGGAGCUUUCAAAGUUCGCCAUUAUGCUGGAGAGGUUCAAUAUGAUGCUACAGGGUUCUUAGAACAAAACCGUGAUAAUUUACAGUCUGAUAUAAUCCAACUCCUCUCAGCAUCCCGUAAAAGUCUCCUUAAUCUUUUUGCCUCUGUUUCACAUGUGCAAAGUGUUGGGGUGAAGUUCAAGGAACAAUUAUUUAAACUGAUUCAGCAAUUAGAAAAUUCAAAGGCACACUUUAUUCGAUGCAUAAGACCAAACACCAAGCAGCUUCCUGGAAUGUAUGAAAAGGAUUUUGUAUUACAACAGCUUAGAUGCAGUAGAGUCAUGGAGAUUGUACAAAUCUUAAAAUCCAGAUACUCAAUACGCCUUACACAUCAAGAAUUCGCUAACCGGUUUGGGUGUCUUUUAUCGGAGAACAUUAUCUGUAUGGAUCCACUGAGUACAUCACUUGCUAUUUUACAACAGUAUCAUGUCCCUCCACACACGUAUCAGGUUGGAUAUACAAAACUAUUUUUCCAAGAACAGGUUGAUGUAUUGGAGAAUAAUAGACAAGAAGUUGUAGAAGGUACACGUGAAGUGGAAAACAGCUUCCUUGGUGGCCGAGUUCUUCUUGAUUUACAUGAAUUGAAGUUUGGAGUUGUGACAUUGCAGUCAUUUGUUCGUGGUGAAAAUGCAAGAAGGGAGUAUGGUGUUUUAAAGAAACUUAAUAAGCAGCUUGCAACAAGUUCACUUGAUGAGCAUUUAACAGCAGUUGUACAUCUACAGUCAUUUGUUCGUGGCUGGUUGGCCCGAAGAUAUUUUAAUCACUUACAAAGAUGGAAGAAGUUGGCUGUUGAUGGUUCUAAAAGCAGGCCAAGGUCUGACACUGGAAAUUCAGAAUCCAAGGAAAAUAUGCCGAUUCUGCCACAAAAUGUUGAAGAGCUGCAGAGGCGAGUAGUGAGGGCGGAAUCGUCUUUGAGCGAAAGAGAGCGUGAAAAUACCGCAUUGAGGGACCAAAUACGACAAUUUGAAAUGCGCUGGUCAGAAUAUGAAACUAAAAUGAAGGCAGUAGAGGAGAUGUGGCAAACUCAGAUGGCAUCUUUACAAAUGAGUCUUGCUGCAGCUAAAAAGACUCUUGGUUCAGACAUAUCUGAAGGGCAACAAGGAAAACCAGAGGGUUCACUUUCGCCGUAUUAUUAUGAUUCCGAAGACAAUAUCUCCGGAAUCCAAACUCCGGUGCAAGUUACUCCCGCCAGAAUCGGAAUCAAUAAACGGGAAUCCAACGCCAAUGGUGUUGUCUCGGACACCAUUGAUCACUUGUCCAAGGAGUUUGAACAAAAAAAGCAGGUUUUUGAUACCGAUGCUAAAGCUGUUAUAGACGUGAAGCCGGGCCGCCCGCCUUCCUCGAAGCAAAUCGAAGAGUAUAAAAGUUUAAAAAAGAGAUUUGAGAUGUGGAAAAAAGAGUACAAGCAGCGGUUGCGGGAGGCCAAAGCGAGACUCAUGAAGGGUGUACAUCCGGAAAGUGAGGGUGGCGGUGAUGGCGGCGGUUGUGGUGGCGGAGGUGGUGGUGGUGGUGGUGAUAAGCGGGGUAAACAUUGGUGGGGGAAGUUAAGCAAGAGAGGGAAAGAUAAAGAGAGGAUAGUGUGAUGUUAUUACAUACUUUGCCCUAUGUGUAUGGGGAUAAUAUUGUUUUCAAGACUGGUAAAACGGGUCUUGUUGUGGGUGGGUUGGGUUGACCCGUGUGAUGCUGGACCGUUUUUGUCGAAUCGGUUGAAGGGUUGACCUGUAUGCAUACGGGGCAAUCGGUUCGGAGUUGGCCGGUUUGUGUUUGUGUAUGACUGAGAGUAGAUGUUGGAGGUUUAGGCUCAUGGUGUGUGGGCUGGCGAUUUGGCCUGUUUGUGUAUAUGAGAGUAGAUGCUGUGGUGUGGGAAUUUGUUGUUUCAUGUUGUGGAAUAUAUAUAUAUGGAAACACUUGUGUAGCAAUUAGCAUGUUGUUGUAGAGAAAGUAAUGUAAUCGGGACUCCUCGAGUUUCUUCAC